GUAUUGUCCUGAGGUCUUGAACCUUUAUCUGCUGUCGGCGUGUUGGCUAUUCAGCCAAACGGGUCAGCAGUAUUCGGCUGCACUGCAAACAAGUGCUAGGGGCGAGAACCGCAGAGUUGAGAUCACUGAUAAGAUGAGUAAACAGGCUGAAAGAACUGACGGGAUGUAUCAGGCUGUACAGAUGGCGCAAGAUCGGGAGGAAUAAAAAAGAACGAUAGAACAGCGGGCGUGAAACAAACGGUGAUGAAGCCGCGUUAGAUUCAUUUUUAACUCAAUAACCGAUAAAACAACGUAAUGGAAAGAACAGAAAAUAGUCGCGGAAAUCGGUUAAGAUUAGACAGCGUACCAACAACACAAUCUGAAUUGGGACCCAGUAUUCCCGAUGGUGGUUAUGGAUGGAUUAUUGUAAUCACUUGCAUAUUUUUCCAGAUAUUAAUUCCAAGUUUAAUAUUAGGAUUUGGAAUUUUAACAGCAUGGUUAAGAUUAGAAACAUUAAGAUCGGCAUAUCCAACGCUAUGGGACACUCCGUUUAUUUAUACCCCGUUAUUUUUCAUGGCAAUUUGGACAUUAACUGAUCCAUGGUUUCGAAAAUUAAUCGAAUAUAGUAAAUGGCCUCGUUUAGUAUCAACAUCAGGAGUAUGUUUAGUAUGUUCAGGACUUUUAUUUAUAUGGUUUGCGGUUGCUAUCGGUUCAAGAACAGCACCAUGGUUUGUUGUGGCAGGUCUUCUAACAGGAAUGGGAGCUUCAAUUUUAUUAUCCCAAAACGAAAUUAUCAUCGCUCAAUAUUUUAAAGUACGAUUAAUGCAAGUUAAUGUGUUUCUACAAGCAGCCACGGUUGUUGGAUUUGUUUUAACGCCAACUAUAAUGGGUGAUCAUAUCAUAAAAAUUGGAUUUUUAAAAGUAAUUUUGUGGUAUCAAGCGAUUAUUUUACAAGGAGUGAUAGUGUCAAUGUUAAUUAAAAAACCGCCUUAUUUAAAAGCACAAGGAAAUCCUUAUAAAUUAAUUCACCAAGCAAGUCAGGAUGAUGAAGUAGAUAUUUUUGCAAAAAAUUCAACGGAAUUACAAAACGCGAGGCACUCAUUGCCAUCUGAAGAUACGCCGUCGACUUCGACCGUUAUAGCUACGAUAGAAUCUGAAUCAAAUCAUAUCGAAAACCAAUCAAAAUCAUCACGAAAAUCUUGGGUUACAUUCGAUGAUGAACAAGAAAAUGCAAAACCAAAAACGAAAAGCACUCUACAAAAUUCGUUUAAAAAUAUCGAUAUCGAACGCAUUGAAACUGUAGAUGAAGGAUUUCCUACACCGUUAUUUACAGAAACUCAUUUAAAUAACAACACGAGUUAUUCAUUCGAUGUUGGGGAAUCAACAUUAACUAACGAACCGACUGUUUUUGUACCAAAUGCACAACCCAAACCAAGUUUAUUUGACACGAAGUAUAGUUUUCUGCUUCAACCGACUUUUUAUAAGUCACUUUUACAAACUAUUUCGUUAAAAUUUUCGAUAUUCAUGUUUUACGCUUUAUUUCCUACUUUCAUGUAUAAUAGGAUAGAGAGGCUACCGUUUCAUCUGGCAACUCAUUUGGUUGGAUCAGUGAAUACGGCAGCGUUAGUUUUUGUUGUUAUCAACUUGUUUGUCAGUCCAACGCACAAAAUGAAGGCAUUCUUUUUAUGGUUAUCGUCAUGGAUUGGUGCUUUAGGAUAUGUUUUGUUAACUGAUGUUCAUAGUGAAACUUGGUUCGUUAUUGGUGCCAUGCUAAUUAUUUUAAGUAUGCAAUCGUUGCAACAUUUUGGACAACCACUUUUAAACAUAACCAGAAAGGGAGAGAGUACUAAAAUACAUUUGUGGUUAUCAACAUUUACAGCGAUUGCUUUUAUGAUCUUCUUUGUAAUAGAUUUUAGUUAUGUUAAUUGUUUCCGAUUAAUGGCCCUGAUUCAAUUUAUAAUGGGUGGAAUAUGGUUUGCAAAUUUCUUAUUUAAGCAGAUAAAACCUAUGUUUCUUAACAGAUCAUAAUAGCAAGCAAUUAAUUU